GGUUUGAUGACGUAGUACUCACAGAAUCCACGACGCAGGUGCUCGUCCAAGUGUUGUUUACAUCCAAUAUUGCUGCAAUUUCAGAAUUUUCUGGAGAUGUCAGCAGCUGCCCCUAACACCGAGGAGAGUGAGUUGAAGGGAGGACAUCCCCCUGCAGUGAAGGUGGGAGGUAUGCGAGUAGCUUCCAAGACUCACCCAGCAGGUACUCCAGUAGCUGAAACCCCCACGGCAGAGGAAGAGGAGGAGUUUGGUAGUGGGGAGGCAAAACCUGACAAACAUCAUCAGACUAUACUAGUGUCUGGAGCUGUGACAAAGGGGGACAAGGACUUCCCAGCUGCAGCUGUGAAGGCAUACCAUGAGAAGCCUAUGCCAGCCAUCGACCGCCAUGCUCCUCCCAGAACCAACAUGAACAUCCAGCAGCCCCGCAAGUGAAGUCAUGCAGAUGCCAGUCGUCAGUCACAGCGGGAGCACAACAUUCCCCACCCCCUCUUGUAAAACUGCUACCCCGUUCAGCUUUGUAGACUCUGGACUACUGGAAGUACAUGAAGUCUUGGUGAAGGUUAAAACGUUAAUUUGUGUGUUGUAACAGUCUCAUACCAUUGGAUGAUUGCCAUUAUGAAUCAUUACUGAAGAAUAGGAUAAUGUCACAGUUUGACUGUUACAUGGAAAAGCAGAUGGAGAUGAGUCUAUUUUCAGGACAAAGACAAAAUUAGCCUUCCGCUAGUCACAUUUCUGUUUUAAACAGAAUGUGUGUGUUGUAGUUGAAGCCCUUGUUUUAAUCCUAAAAUACAUAGCAUAACUUUGUUGCAAUUGGAAUUUAAUUAAAAGACGUUGUCAAGGUGGUGAUGUUAACAGCUAUUUAAAGUGCUAGUCUGUAUAGAGGACCCAGUCAUACCUAUAACAUAAAUCUCUCGUUGGGACACUUGCAGGUGUCUGGUUACUAUAGCAACAUACCCAAUAGGUGCCACAUCCUCAUGGAAUGUAAAUAUCCAUAGUGAUGAAGUCCUUUUACCUAAGCAUCAUCAUGUGCUCGUGUCUGACUUAUCAGCUUACUUGCAUUUAGUUGUUGUGUAUCUGUGUAUGAGUGCAUUGUCAUGAUAGAUGGUGUGCAUGGGAAGAUGUUACAUUAGUGGUACAUCUCUGUAGACCAGGCCUCUGGGAUGUUGUCGCACAGAGAAUGUGUUAUACACUUUCUAGACGCAUAUCUCCACCAUGCCCUUCCAUAGACUUAAGGGGGCCUCAUUCCCCUAAAAAAAAUUAAUAUAAUAUAUAGUGUUGCAUAGUAAGGAGCAAUCUGCACAUCAAUGCUUCCCAUUCUGUGUGGUAAGGCUAGCCACUAAACACAAAUAAACAACUUUAAGAUGGUUUAUGUGAAUUUUCUACACAUGACAGCUUCAAGUUUUGUAUUUCUUUUUGCAUAGAAAUCACAUCCGACUUUUUAUGGAAGUCAUAUUUAAUAUUUGGCAGGCCAGGAGUGUUACUGGGUAAACAGGAGAGAUUUAGCUAUCCUUAUGUAGCAAUGUGUUGAUUACCUUGAUCCUAUUCAUGCUAUUUCACAGUUUUGGUGAUGGAUAUAUUUACAAGUUAAACAAGAAAACAGUAGUACAAUAUGUGAUGGAGAUUGUUAUCAUGUGUUAGCAUGUCAUGGUGGUUUGACUGUACACUAUAGAUAUAGGCCUCAUGUUCAAUCCUAAUGACACAGCAGUGUCAACAUUCUUCAGUAAGUGCUGUCUUGUGAUUGAGAAUGUUCACCCCUUUGAUGUGGGGCUGUGCCAGUCAUGACACAAGCCUUUCACAUUGACUGCAGGGAAUAGGCAUGGUACUUGGAAGGAUGAGUAGCCUUGUGUGUGAUGAUACAUGCAGGUUGACAGCACCAUGUUUCAAUACUUGCUGUGUACUGGUGCCUUAUAUAUCGAGUGAAUGUGUCUGAGUGUCAUUCCAGCAUGUGCAGUGUCACAUGUCAUCGCUUCAUACCAAGCUGUACAUUCUUUUUAUGCUUGUUUGUCAUAUCUUUGGGUGUACCUUAAUCAUAUAUAUCAUGUCACUAAAUUAAUCUGUGAAUUGUUAUAUUAAAAAGCUCCUAUGCUGUGAAUAAAGAUGACAAACUUUUCA